GUGUAGUUCAUUACUUCCUGGGUUCAUGUGAUUUUUGCAGUCCAAGGUAAGCAUGGCGGCAGCUACAACACCAGCGGACCCAAAGCAAACACCUAAAACACCGCCGUCAGCAGCUGUCCCGUUUGAUUUUUCUCAGCCUCCGAUUAUCGAGGGAUUCAACCCUUCACCGAGGUUCAAAGAUGAGACACUCAGUGAGAAAUUCAGGAGAAAGACCAAGGAGAACCCGUUCGUCCCAAUAGGUUGUGUGGGAACAGCAGGAGCGCUGAUUUAUGGUCUCCGUGCCUUCCAUCAAGGGAAAACCAGACAGUCCCAGCUGUUGAUGAGGGGCCGAAUCUUUGCUCAAGGUUUCACCGUGGUUGCUAUCAUUUUUGGUGUCUUGGCGACAGCUCUAAAACCCAAGCAGUGAAGAAGGACCACUCCCACACCACUGCCACCCAAUGAAUGAAUGAACUGAAUAAUGUAUUAUACAUUUCCAACAUUGUUCAGACACCUACGUUAAGGCCAACACUAUUUAUUGUUUGGAAAAUGAGUCAUGAUGAUAAAAUAUUUAGCUUCAGGCUAGCACGAUGGAAGAACAGAGUGUAAGCUGCUCGUUAGCAGAGCGAGUGAGCGAGCUGUAUUUGACAAUUUGUGCUGUAAUAGUUUUAAGGCAUAAAUGUGAUUUAUAUCUCUUGCUCCGUGCCCUUCUGAAGGGUUUCAUUUCCAAUACAUCCCAUGUAUUGUCACUGUGUAACACAUCUGUGUCUUCAGAUAUAAAAUUUAAUUUUAAA